AUGUGUACACAGCGUCGUCUAAAAUCUCAUAUGGAUGCGACCCUCGAAACUUUGAUCAAGUCGCGACUUCACUAUAGCUUGAAUUCUUUUGGCUGUCAAAACAUCGACAAAUGUGCCAUCCAUGUUGAGAUUCAGACAAUCGAGUCCAAGAACUUUCCAAACCAACAAUUUGAUGUAAUAGCAGCGAACAAGAGGCAGAUAAUGACCAAAGAAUUUGGUCCAAUUUUCAGGAUUCGUUAG